UGGAGACGCUGCGAGCCGUCUUCAACUCUCCCAGGCGGCUUUUCUUAUUUUCUCAGGUUCUCCGUCAUGUUCGGUCGUUGUUUUCUCGUGGUCGGAGCCCUGCUCUCGUUGGCCACACCUCUGUCGGUCGCCGUGGAGACGUGUCCGGCCAGAGGGAUGCCUGGGAUGCCAGGUAUUCCGGGGCUUCCUGGCAGAGACGGCCGGGAUGGAGAGAAGGGAGAGAAAGGAGAGCCAGGAGCUCUGGGGAGUCAAACCUCCGGGCCUGGGAGAGGUGCACCGGGCGACCCGGGGCAGCUGGGAUACCCCGGGAAACGAGGCCAGAGCGGAGAACCCGGGGAACCUGGAACGUGGGGAUUCAUUGGAGCUCCAGGAGACACCGGGGAACACGGGACCGCCGGGGUCCAGCAGCAGGUGGCCUUCAGCGUGGCGAGGGGAACCAGCGAGUACCCGGACAGAAACAGCGUUAUCCGCUUCACCAAAGUCAUCACCAACAUCGACGGCGGCUACGACACCAACACCGGACGCUUCAGGUGUCGGGUCCCGGGGACGUACUACUUCGUCUUCCACGCAUCGUUGGAGGACAGGCUCUGCGUGCUGAUGAAGCGCGACAGCUCGCUGGUGAUGUCCUUCUGCGACCAUCGGCACCACAAGAGACAGGUAACUUCAGGUGGGCUGGCCGUCUACCUGUCGAAAGAGCAGGAGGUGUGGCUGGAGACAAAAGACUACAAAGGGAUGACGGGGAAGCCCAACGGCUACAGCGUCUUCUCCGGGUUCCUGCUGCACUCGCACUAACAAAACAACCUUCUCCCCUUCCUGUCUCAGGUGUCUUUCACUUUUACAAUUAACAUUUUUGUCACAGUUUGAGGUCGUUGCAUGUUUUAUUUGAACUGCCUGCAAAUUCUCUCUUGUCAAAUGAAAAUCUGGAUCUUUACUUGGAGGUGGGAGAAAUGUAAAUGAGAAAUUUGUUGAGGUCUAAGCGGGUUCACAGAAAUCACAAACGUACCAAAUUCCAGAUGUUAAUCUCGGCCCACUCGUCACCUCUGAUUGGAGAAAUUUGUUCUGCCA